AUGCUAAUAUUUUUAUCUAUCUAUCUAUCUAUCUAUCUAUCUAUCUAUCUAUCUAUCUAUCUAACUAUCUAUCUAUCUAUCUCAUUUUACAACAUAUCAAUCUCAAUGGGUUAUUUAAUACCGACAAAAUGUUUAUUGCUGGUAAUAUCUUUUUCAUCUAUCUAUCUAUCUAUCUAUCUAUCUAUCUAUCUAUCUAUCUAUCUAUCUCGUAUUGCAAAAUAUAUUACCAUUAUCUCUUUAUCCCUCUCUUUCAUAUCUUUGGCUUUCUCUUUCAUUCAUUUUUCUUUCUUUAUCCGUCUCUUUUAUUUAUCUGUCUUUAUCUUUCUCCUUCAUUUAACACUCUUUCUUUAUGCCUCUCCUUCAUUGCUGUGUCUUUCUUUUUCAUCUAUCCCUAUUUAUUUAUCAGCCUCUUUCAAUGCACUGUCCUUUUCUUUCUCUUUGAUUUAUCUCAUUUUAUUAAUCUCACCCUUUCAUUUAUCUUUCUCUUUCUCUUUCAUCUAUCUCACUUUCUUUAUCACUUUCUUUCAUUGUUCUGUCUUUAUCUUUCUUUUUUUUUAUUCACCUCUUUUUAUUUAUCUCUCUAUUUCUCUCACUUUCUCUUUUUCUAUCAUUGACCUCUAUUUCUUUACCUCUCGCUUUCAUUUAUCUGUCUUUUUCUUUCUCUGUCAUUUAUCUCUCUCGAGUAUAUUCACGUCUUUUUCUUACCCUUUCAUUUUUAUCUCUUUCUUUAGGCUUUCAUCUCUCUGCCUUUCUCUUUCUCUUUCAUUUAUCUUUCUUUCUUUAUUCCUCUCCUUUCUUUCUCCGUCUUUCUUUCUCUUUUAUUUAUCUCCCCUUUCUUAUUCCCCUCCUACAUAUCUUUGUCUUUCUCUUUCAUUUAUCUCUCUUUCUUUAUCCCCCUCUUACAUUUCCCCGUCUUUUUUCUUCUCUUUUCUUUAUGUCUCUUUCUUUAUUACUCUCUGUCAUUUCUCUGUUUCUCUCUUUCUUUUUCAUUUAUCUUUCUUUCUUUAUCCCUCUCAUUUCUUUCUCCGUCUUUCUUUCUCUUUUAUUUAUCUCCCCUUUCUUAUUCCCCUCAUACAUAUCUUUGUCUUUCUCUUUCAUUUAUCUCUCUUUCUUUAUCCCCCUCUUACAUUUCCCCGUCUUUUUUCUUCUCUUUUCUUUAUGUCUCUUUCUUUAUUCUCUCUGUCAUUUCUCUGUUUCUCUCUCUUUAUUUUUCAUUUUCUUUCUUUCUUUAUCCCUCCUUUCUUUCUCCGUCUUUUUUCUUUUAUUUAUCUCCUUUCUUUUAUUCUCCUUUCUUUUCUUUUCUUUCAUUUUUCUUUCUUUACCCCCCCCUUACAUUUUCUUUUUCUUUUCUUUUCUUUAUGUCUCUUUCUUUAUUACUCUCUGUUCUUUUUCUCUGUUUCUCUUUUUCUUUUUUCAUUUAUCUUUCUUUCUUUAUCCUUUAUUUCUUUCUCCGUCUUUUCUCUCUUUUAUUUAUCUCCCUUUCUUUUCCCCUUUAUCUUUGUCUUUUCUUUAUUUAUCUCUCUUUUUUUUAUUACAUUUCGUCUUUUUCUUCUGUUUCUGUUUCUUUUUUAUUUAUCAUUUCUCUGUUUUCUUUUUCAUUUAUCUUUCUUUCUUUAUCCCUCUCCUUUCUUUCUCCGUCUUUCUUUCUCUUUUAUUUAUCUCUCCUUUCAUAUUCCCCUCCUACAUAUCUUUGUCUUUCUCUUUCAUUUAUCUCUCUUUCUUUACCCCCCUCUUACAUUUCCCCGUCUUUUUUCUUCUCUUUUCUUUAUGUCUCUUUCUUUAUUACUCUCUGUCAUUUCUCUGUUUCUCUCUUUCUUUUUCAUUUAUCUUUCUUUCUUUAUCCCUCUCCUUUCUUUUCCGUCUCCGUCUUUAUUUUCUCUUUCUUAUUUAUCUCUUUGUCCUUUCUUUUCAUUUAUCUCCUUUACCCCCCUUUACAUUUAUCUUUUUUCUUCUCUUUUCUCUCUUUCUUUUUACUCUCUCAUUUUCUGUUUACCCCCUUUCAUUUAUCAUUUCCCCUCUCCUUUUUUUUUCUUUCUCUUUAUUUUCUCUUUCUUUUCCCCUUUAUCUUUGUCUUUCUUUCUUUUUAUUACUCUCUGUCAUUUCCCCGUGUUUUUUUCUCUGUUUCUCUCUUUCUUUUCAUUUCAUUCUCUCUGUUUUUUUUCUUUUUCAUUUAUCUUUUCCUCUCCUUUCUCCUUCUUUCUUUCUCUUUUAUUUAUCUCCCUUUCUUAUUCCCCUCCUACAUAUCUUUGUCUUUCUCUUUCAUUUAUCUCUCUUUCUUUACCCCCCUCUUACAUUUCCCCGUCUUUUUUCUCUUUUCCUCUCUGUCAUUCUCUAUUUCUCUCUUUCUUUUCAUUUAUCUUUUCUUUCUUUAUUUAUGUCUUUUCUUUUCUUUUAUUUAUCUCUCCUUUCAUAUUCCCCUCCUACAUAUCUUUUGUCUUUUUCAUUUAUCUCUCUUUCUUUACCCCCCUUUACAUUUCCCGUCUUUUUUUUUCUUUUCUUUAUGUCUCUUUCUUUUAUUUCUGUCAUUUCUCUUUUCUCUUUCCUUUCAUUUAUCUUUCUUUCUUUAUCCUCUCCUUUCUUUUCUCCGUCUUUUUUUCUUUUUUAUUUAUCUCCCUUUCUUAUUCCCCUCCUACAUAUGUUUGUCUUUCUCUUUCAUUUAUCUCUCUUUCUUUACCCCCCUCUUACAUUUCCCCGUCUUUUUUCUUCUCAUUUCUUUAUGUCUCUUUCUUUAUUACUCUCUGUCAUUUCUCUGUUUCUCUCUUUCUUUUUCAUUUAUCUUUCUUUCUUUUUUCAUUUAUCGUCUUUCUUUUCUUUAUCCCUUUCUUAUUCCUCUCUUUUCUUUUGUCUUUUCUUUCGUCUUUCUUUUCUUACAUUUCUGUCUUUUUUUAUCUCCUUUUAUGUCUUUUUUAUUCCUCUGUCCUUUUCACAUUUGUUUGUCCCUCUCCUUUCAUUUAUCGUCUUUCUUUUCUUUUAUUUACCCCCCUCUUACAUAUGUUUUCUUUCUCUUUUCAUUUAUCUCUCUUUCUUUUCCCCUCUUAUAUUUCGUCUUUUUCCUUUCUUUUGUCUCUUUCUUUAUUACUCUCUGUCAUUUCUCUGUUUCUCUCUUUCUCUUGCAUUUAUCUGUCGUUCUUUAACUAUGUCUUCGUUUCUAUUAGACUUUCAAUAUCACCUUCGUUAUUUAUCUCUUUCUCUCUCUCUCUCUCUCUCUCUCUGUCUGUUCGUUUCUCUUUAUAUAUGUCCAUAUCUUUCUUUAUCUCUGCCUUUUCCCACGAACUCGCUUUAUCAAUUCUUUAUUACUGUUUUUCUUUUCUCUCUAUCUCUCUCGCUCUCUUUUUCUAUCUAUCUAUCUAUCUAUCUAUCUAUCUAUCUAUCUAA